AAGACAAAACAUUUAUUUUAAUAAUUUAAUUAUUUUUUAAGCAUAUACAUGAAACAAUUCAUCAGUCAUUACUAUAAUCGGUGGAAGCAAUACUAUAAUUCGUCAGAAGGUAACACCUGGGCAUCAGUGUAUAACAUUGGCCAAUAAAUCAACGGUUCCAUUUUUUGAGAACCCUUUUUCCCUCUAGAAUUUCAAGGGCGAAGAGACAUUAAUGUUUGGGAUUGGAGCGGAAACAUUUAAUCACAACAUCUCCAACACAUAGGCUACCUCUAUCACAUACAGAACUGUGAAUGGCAGUAUGUAAAAUAGCCUGAAGUUUAGAAACAGGACAUAAAGAAUAAGUAAUUUGCUGUGGAAAUGUGUAAAGAUAUUGAGAGAUUUGUUACACAUGCCUUAUAACUUUGAAGAAAUUCCAUAACAUUCCAGAUUUAGCCAAUCUAUAGGUAUCAUUUGGGAGAGUGUCCCACCAAAGAGAGUGAGUUCUGUAGCUCUGAUUCUGAGCAAUGGCAUUUCAUGUAUCUUUCUAAAAAUAGUUCCAGAGUCAUGGCGUAGAAAAAAGUGUGUGGGGGGUGGAGGCAGUGAAGGUGCAGAGAGAGACAGUUGAACUUGGAUAUUAGGGCGGGAGUGUGGCGAUGGCACCCUAUUCCCAGGAUUUAUUUUGGGACCUGUUUGCAGAGCUAUGCUUAUAAAUGACUCUGUCAUGGAAUAUAACAGGUCUAAGCCUACUAACCUCAGAAAUGGUCCUGAGAGGGACAUGACAAGAGAGGAUGUUCAGCUGGAGCCCUCAGAGGGUCAGGGGAGAUACAGCAGCCCGUUCCCUCAUUCAGUCGAACGCCCAAUCAUUCACCAAGUGGCUUCAGCCCCCAUGCCCUCAGACUGUGAGUUUUCGUUCUUCGACCCUAAUGAUCCACUGUGCAGGGAGGUUCUGCGGGACCCUCACACCACAGUGCCUGAGCUCUUUGCUGUGCUAAGGCAGUGGGUUCCCCAAGUCCAGAAGAACAUCAGCCUCAUUGGCAGUGAGAUCCUGAAAAGAGGCUGUGGAGUGAAUGACAGGGAUGGGUUGACUGACAUGAGUCUCCUGCAUUACUGCUGCAAGGCAGGAGCGCCUGGCAUUGGUGAUGCAGAGCGGGCAGCCAUUUUUGCUCGGCAGCUGCUGUUACUUGGUGCAGAGGCAUCCCUACGCAGCCGCUGGACCAACAUGAGCGCACUGCACUACGCAGCGUAUUUUGACGUCCCUCAGCUCAUCCGAGUGGUGUUAGAGGCCUCCCAACCAGGAGAGGUGGAUGCCACCUGCAGUGACUUUGACUUUGGCACUGCCUUGCACAUCGCUGCCUCCAACCUGUGCACGUCUGCUGUCAAGUGUUUGCUGAAGCUGGGAGCCAACCCGGCCUUUCGGAAUGAGAAAGGACAGUGCCCUGCAGACGUGGUCCCCCAGCCCGUGGACAUGCCCCUGGAGAUGGCGGACGCUGCAGCCCAGGCCAAGGAGCUGCAGACGCUGUUGAGGGAGGCCCUUCCACGGCCUUGCACCCCCUUGUCCCUCUCGCCGUCUAACCCAGCUGGGGCACUCACAGAAAAGGCCCGUGUGCAUCUAGCAUCCAUGGAUAUCUGCCUGGGGGACCGCGUUGUUGUGGCUGGACAAAAGGUUGGCACACUGCGUUUCUGUGGUAGCACCGAAUUUGCUGGGGGUCUGUGGGCCGGUGUGGAGCUUCUUCAGCCAGAAGGGAAGAAUGAUGGUUCAGUGGCGGGCGUUCAGUACUUCACCUGUGCUCAGAAGCAAGGUAUCUUUGCUCCUCUCUCGAAGAUCAGCAAGCCCUCAGAGCGACCCAGGGUCCGCCCCCGGUUAAGUACCACACCGGUCCGCCCCCCGCGGUUCUUGGACAUGUCACAUGUCACCUCUAAGGUCAACUCUGGUUUAGCAGCUAUUAGGCUAAAAGACACUGCUACUGAUGAAGACACAGUUGAGUCCCCAGAAGCUCAAACAGGUGCUCUGUCUAGAAGCUGCUCCUCCUCUUCAUCAUCCCUGGACUCUAGAUAUGGUCCAGCAAUGCGAUCCCGUCCAUUUCCCUGGCAACAUCCACCUCUGCGGCCUCGCCAGGAGCGCCAGGCCCUCGGCUCCAGGGCUCCCCAACCUCCACAUCAUCAGCAGUCUCACCAAUCCAUGGGUGUUGCAUCACACCCUGGGCCAAGUAACUGGACGCCCUUGGCCGGUGGCCUGGUCGGCGAGGGGUCUGAGUUCCAUCUGGGGGAGAGGGUGCUGGUGGUGGGUCAGAGGACUGGUGUGGUGCGAUUCUGUGGCAAAACCAGUUUUGCCCCCGGGUUUUGGUUGGGCAUUGAAUUGGACAAACCGAGUGGAAAGAAUGACGGCUCGGUUGGAGGUGUGAGAUACUUCAGGUGCCCCCCAAAGCAAGGGGUGUUUGCCCCUCCCUCACGUGUGCAGAGGAUUCACGGGUCCGUGGAUUGCUUAUCUGAGCUGUCCUCUUCUCGACUCAGUCACCCGUUGGCGGGUAUACGCCGUAGUUUCAGUACUUCCACAGCCAUCUCCACACCUAAGGAGAAAAAUCGCAGAAGUCCAGUCAACAGGAACCGUUCAAGCAGCGUUAGACGUCGCUGGAGCACAACAAGCAGUGGUUGUGGUACGGAUGCAUCAGGCCGUCGUCCGAGCAGCAUAGGGGGUACCACCACCACAACCACCACCUCCUCAAGCUCAGAAAGGAUGGUCAAACUGCACGUGGGAAUGCAAGUCCUGCUGAGCAGUGCCAAUGAGAUGGGCACGAUUCGCUACUUGGGCACCACUGACUUUGCCCCAGGCCUGUGGCUUGGGCUCGAGCUGCGCCGUGCUCUGGGCAAGAAUGACGGUUCAGUGGAAGGUCACCGCUACUUCAGCUGCCGGCCAGGUUAUGGCGUGCUGGUGCGCCCCGGUCGUAUCACAUACCGGGGCAUCAGCGGGGCCAAGCUGGUAGAUGAAGCCAGCUGAGCCUCCUGCACCACCGUCAGCGAGAGCAGGGCCUUCCACUGCCGUAUGUUCUCUGUGUUUUGAUGUGAAUGGAUGUGUGUGUGCCCUUCAUCGCUGUCUUUCUAUGCUGUUGAUGACAAACACGGUGAGACAUUCCUGAUAGUAUCGCACGAAGAGGAAAACAAGCACUACCUAUUAAUGGACAAUAGUGUUCAACUCUAAAGAUGAGAACAGUUCCCCUAUCUUCAGGGAUCUGCCUGUGCAAUAAAGCCCAUGGGUUUCCUAUUUUAGUAUUUACACUAAGAAUUAACUAUACUUUGUGAAGGAUAGCGUGAACAUUUUAGAAAAAUAGAUUGGUCAAAUUAAGUUGACUUGAUUUUUUCCUCAUUUCAGAGUGAAAUGAGGUCAAAGAUUUGGUGCAUUCCAGAAUGAGGCUAAGCACUUUAUAGAAGACAAAAGAAACUUCAGAGUCCAAGACGGUGGUGUUGAAUGUUAAUGAGUUGAACACUCUGUGAGGAAGUGGGGAUGCGCUAAAAGAAUGUACGCGAUUUCUGCACAGCAAAGGGUUUAUUUUUACACGGACGAAGGAGUAUAGCUUGACAGUCUUGAAUUACAUUAAAAAGUAGCAUUGAAUUAAAGCAACCUUGAAUUAAAGUGAUGGCCAAAUGUAUCAGUGUUCAUAACAGUAUAUUUUAUGAAGGUUAACCAAGUUCUUGCACUUGUGAAGAGGACGAUAUUGGCCAAUGGGGUAGAGGAAACCUAGGUCAUGACACAGCACUUUAACAUUGCUUAAAACAUUCCCGAUCAUGAGAUUUCAGCUGCAUCACUGAUCAUCAUCUCUUCUGUUCCCCAACAAGCAGGCUGUUCUUCGACAGUCAUAAAACAUUUAUAUAUGACUACUGUGACUUUUCAUGAGUCACUGAAUGAGGAAUCAUUAGCUCAUUGGCUUGCUUUAUUUAGAAAGGCUUGUGAAGACUUAGCGACUUCGAAUCUAACAGCUUAAGUUAAGUUUGAAUGGAUUUGAUUAAUGUGCUGCCGCUCCCCUAGGGGGCCUUGUUGUUCCCAUGGUUUCAUUUGUUACGUUGUUGUAUGUCACACAUCUUUGCAUCAUCUGUUUGUGAUGUUGUUGUUCCCAUGGUUUCAUUUGUUACGUUGUUGUAUGUCACACAUCUUUGCAUCAUCUGUUUGUGAUGUUGUUGUUCCCAUGGUUUCAUUUGUUACGUUGUUGUAUGUCACACAUCUUUGCAUCAUCUGUUUGUGAUGUUGUUGUUCCCAUGGUUUCAUUUGUUACGUUGUUGUAUGUCACACAUCUUUGCAUCAUCUGUUUGUGAUGUUGUUGUUCCCAUGGUUUCAUUUGUUACGUUGUUGUAUGUCACACAUCUUUGCAUCAUCUGUUCGUGAGUAUUUUGCAGGUUCAGGUUAGAGUGUGGGUGUGCUGUGUUUUUUGCAACUCAAAAAUGUUUUAAGAAAGUGGGUGUGUUUGAGUUUUAUUUAGAUUUUUGUUUGGUUUGUUGUUGUGUAUAUGUUAUCAGUUGCAAGAAAUAACCAGGGUCAAAGGCAAAGAAGAGUUUGGAAGUCUGAUUUCACAUAUGGUAAAAAGGGUAUUUGUAAUAAAUCUCACAAAUAAAUAAGAUGUUUUCCCAGCA